UCGGGGAGAAGUUGUCUCUGAGUGUUUAUUAGCGUUCCACGGGGAUUAUAGACUUCGAGUUGAGCUACUGGUUCGAAUCUUGCAAAUCCUUCUUUACCGGAUCUGAGUUCUACUGUGUUAACACGGUUUCAAGAACACCCAGUGUAUCUAGGCGUCUAUUCCGGGCACUCCUCGUGUGUUACCGGUGUGCUCUAAGCUGAGUCCUCUUAUGACUUUGGUUUCUCAAAGAAUUGCAGGUGGCUUGCGUGAGGACCUAGAAGGCUGUAAGGCAGCGUAGACAGAUUCAGCGUGCAGACCAAGCUUUUCAGUCUCAACAGGCGAAACGCAAUCGGAAGAAUCUUUGGCUGGAUAGCAGAAGAAAAAAUUUCAAACUGUCGCACGAGAAACUAUGACCUUGAAGGAAAGUGUCCACCUGCGACUCCGUGAUACACCAACUAUUGGUUGUUCACGGAAUCUCGGCACAAUUGCUCAAAUGAAAACAGACUGCAAAAAGCGUCCCUCCUUGCCACAGCGACCUGUCCCCAUGUCUUUCAUAUCCCCCUUUUCCCCGACUCUCUUUGUCGUUUUUUCUGCCUUGUCAUUUUCCCUCACUCGCCUUUCUGCCGCUGCACUGUCUCCCGUUUCUCUUUCUUUCUGCCUCGCGGUCGUCCCGGCUUUCUUUCCCGCUUGGCACGCUCGGUUCCCUUCUCGCUUCCUCUUUCUCGAAAGAAGACAAACGUCUAGCAGAGGGAACUCGAGAGAGGGGGCACCGAAUUGGACAAACACAAAAGACUCGCAGAAGGGCAGAAGCAACAGCGACGGUUGAAAGCAAAGCAAUUAACCAUCAAAGUGUGUAGAGGAGGGCAGGAAAGAAGGGUCACACGAACUCGUCAAGCUUUGAGCGCUCCCCGCAUACCACGGAGAGGAGCGAGUGGGGGACACUUUGAAGAGCCCCGAGAUGUAAAGGGUCUAGAAAACAAAAACGCGGCAAAAAGAACGACCUCUCCACCGUUCACCCACUCUGUCUUGUCCACUUCGGUCUUAGCUGGCACACACUGCCUCCUCGUGGUUCCUUGCGGAACUUUGCUUCCCUCACAAAAAGAAAACGACAGACGAAAGGGAAAAACACUGGAGAGGAAAUGGCUCAAAACCAAGUCGACAACAGAGGACGAAACAGAGAACCAACGAGAACGCGAAUGUCUAAGAAUUCUCAAAGUCCAACGGUUCAUAACAGCGACAACGAGGCGUACGCGCUCUACUUCUGCUCCUCUCCUUCACUCUAUUCUCCCUUCUUCUCCAUUUUAGCUCGCUUUUCAGCCUCUUCUUCUCUGGCGUCUGCGUGUGGCUCUCGCCGUUUGACGAGAACCAACAACCUCCACGUCUCCUUCACUUUCCCUCCACGACAUUCGAAGUUCGAUUUUCGAAACUCCGCCUUCUCUACUCUUCCUUGCCACUUGCAUUCUUUCUCGACUGACAUUGGCACCUCGACUGCCUUGGCAUUGUCUGCCGUCCUCUAUGCGCCAAAACAGUGUCCACCCCCGCCUCAACUGGUGUUCUCUGUACAAACUUUGCGCGCGUUUCACAGCGUGUGCAAAGCCAGUCGGCAGGUGGUUUGCGCCCCAGUCGGGCGGCUGGCGAGGCCAAGAGCGCCGACCGCAGACAUGCUAAGCACCAAAAGUUUCUCUCGUGCGACUUUGACUCUCACGACUGUGCCACGCACGACGAGCGACUGUCCCUGCAAACUGUGAGGACCCUCCGAAGUCCCC